AUGUUUGAACCAAAAGGGGAUUAUCCAAAGAUUAAUGAACAAGGUUCAAAGCAACCUGCCACAGUGACAACCUCACAGGAAUUGAAUCGCCAAGAUGUCCAGUACAUUGUUAAAAAUGGGAAAGCUCUUAUAAUAAACGAGUGGAAAAAAAGACGAUGGUCAGAGGGGAUUCACCAGGCUGUGGAGGCAAAAGAAGGGUUACCAAUCCAGGCUGAUUCAGUUGUAGUGGCACAAAUCACAUACCAAUCAAUGUUUAAGCUUUAUCCAAAGCUUUCAGGGAUGACAGGAACUGCAAAAACUGAAGAAAAGGAGUUCUUGAAAAUGUUCCAGAUGCCUGUUAUUGAAGUUCCCACAGAUAUGGCAAAUAUUCGUCAUGAUUUACCUAUCCAAGCUUUUGCAAAUGCUCGUGGUAAAUGGGAAUAUGUUCGUGCAGAAGUUGAAAGCAUGUUCAGAGUUGGUCGUCCUGUUUUAGUGGGGACCACUAAUGUCGAGAACUCAGAAUAUCUGUCUGCUUUGCUGAGGGCUAGCAAGAUUCCCCACAAUGUCCUCAAUGCACGACCAAAGUAUGCUGCAAGAGAGGCUAAAACUGUGGCCCAAGCUGGACGAAAAUAUGCUAUCACCAUAUGUACAAAUAUGGCUGGAAGGGGCACAUACAUUAUAUUGGGAGGUAACCCCAAGAUGCUUGCAAAGGAAGUUAUAGAGGACAGCAUACUUUCACAUAUGAGUCAUGAUACUCCUGAUGUUGAGGUUGAGGACCCAAAGUCACAAAAGGUGUUAUCAAAAAUGAAAAUUGGACCAUCAUCAUUAGCUUUGCUAGCCAAGACGGCUCUAAUGGCUAAAUACGUGGGAAAAAGUGAGAACAAGAGUUGGACAUAUGAGAAGGAAAAAUCUAUAAUUUCAGAGUCAAUUGAAAUAAGCCAGUCAAUGGGUUUAGAUGAACUGCAAAGGCUUGUGGAAGAACAGGCAGAGAUUUACCCUCUUGGUCCUUGCAUUGCAAUUGCCUAUUUAUCGGUUCUAAAGGACUGUGAGAUUCAUUGCUUUCAUGAAGGAUUGGAAGUCAAACGACUUGGUGGUCUCCAUGUCAUUGGGACAUCUUUGCAUGAGUCCCGAAGAAUUGAUAAUCAGCUUCGUGGCAGAGCAGGAAGGCAAGGAGAUCCUGGAUCAACAUGCUUCAUGGUCAGGAGUUCAUGA